CACUCCUCUUCAACUCUCCAGCGCCACCAUCAGGCCAAUCACCCGAAACGUGCUCGGCAACAGACCUCCACCUCCUGCCCUCAUCCUCACCCAGGACCUUCUUCCCUCCCCCUGUCAGAUACGACCAUGGCACCCUGGGGGGGCCUGAUUCUCUCCGAUUCCUCCUUUACGUCAAUCCCAACUCAACCUCCUCUGCAACCGCCCCCUCCCCCUCCUGCUCCUCAGCCCACGCCCUGCACCCCUUACCGUGGGAGACAGAAUGAAGAAGAUGAAGAAGAUUCAUGUUCAAGCUUUAGCUCCGAGAUUACAUCACCUCCUCGUCCAGACCUUCAGGGCAAUGCAGGUGCAGGAGGUCGAGGGUUGCGGGCAAGGCGGAGGGUGUUGCCCCAGCGCCGGGUGCCUCGUCCUCCUCGCCUCCCACCACUGCGACCAGUCACCAAUCUCAGCUUCUCUCGGAGCUUCACCUUCUCUUUCUUCGAGCUGCCACUGCACGAGUCGCCUCGCUGUCGGGCCGAACGCGUCAGAAACCUUAUGCUGCUUUUGAGACAGAUGCACUACUGAAGAACCACAGCUGCACAGACUGCGUGAUCUAUAAUAACUAUUCUACAAUGAUGAUAUACAAAUUCCAUACAUACUCAUAGGACAGUAUGAUUGAAACACAGCAAGUGGAGAUGUGACUCCACUUCUCCACUUGCUAAUUAUAUUAUUAUUAUUUUAAUUUAUCAGUGGUAGUUAGUGGUAGCAUGUUAAUCUCACUGUCAAAGUACCCGUGUUGCAGUGAGUGAAGUUGAAUUAUUAUUAAUAAUUUGAAUCCUUAGAUUAAUAUGUAUUUGUGUUUUUAAUCUGAUGAAAUUACAUGUUUUUUUGUUGUUGUUUAGAGUUGAAUCAAAGUCACUCCCAAGUUGUGUCCAAGUUAUUUUUUAAAUUCUAGAGAGUAAAUAUGAUCAGAGAGAUGUUUGUAAUUUGUAGGGUUGGGUACCGAGAACCGGUCCUC